ACUGGAAUGUGUGUACCGCAAUUUUGACACAUGCAAAUACUGGCGAUAGUUCGAUUGAGUUCGGAAUGUGAAUGUACACGCGUUUACCAACUCGCACUUUUUCUCGCAACUAUUUUCGUGUCUGCAGUAUAGAUAUAGGUCAGAAAAAAAGAUGGGCGAAGGGAAUCUUAUCGAACAAUUUGUUGCACUCGGCAUGAGUGAAACGAAGGCAAAAGAAACGCUUAAAAAUGCAAAUGUUACAAAGAAUCUGUCGGCGGCAUUGAAUGAAUGCAAAGAUGCACCAAUACCCGAAGGUGCCGGAAUGCUGUUAUAUCAUCUGGCCUCAAAAAUUAAGGCACAAAUCAUUCAUCACUUGCCAUUACUCGUGAAAUACGUUGUAUCGCUAAAAUUGGAUACCACCGUUCGAGUUGAUGCGGCACUUGAUUACGUAUUGAAAAAUGGUUUGCAAGCAAGCGAAAUCAAUACGGCUGAACUUGAAAAACAUUGUGGCGUUGGAAUCGUUGUCACACCCGAGGAAAUCGAGCGUCAUGUUGAAGCGUCGAUUGCACGGAACAAGGACUCCCUUUUGGAACAACGGUAUCGCUUCAAUGUGUUCAAAAUAAUGCAAGAGGUUCGUGAGCAUUUGCCGUGGGCCGAUGGGAAACAAGUGAAAAAUGAGGUGGAUGUGCAAAUUUUCGACUUGUUGGGCGAGAAAACGGCCGCUGAUUUGGCACCACCGCCAAAGAAACAAAAAGAAAAGAAACCAGCGGAGAAUGCCGGCGCCAAAACCGAUAAGCAAACCAAGGGUGAAGACACGUCGAAAGUCAGCGAUGGUGCUGGUUCAAUUGCUGAACUGAUGAAAACCAAGGUACAUUUCCAUGUUCCGGGUGAAAAUUACAAAACUGAUGGUUAUGUUGUGACACCAAACACGGAGCGUUUGCUGAAAGAGCAUCUUAAAAUAACGGGCGGACGCGUGCGUACACGUUUUCCACCGGAGCCAAACGGUAUUUUGCACAUUGGUCACGCCAAAGCGAUUAACAUCAACUUUGGAUAUGCUCAAGCUCACAAUGGAACUUGCUACUUGCGUUACGAUGACACGAAUCCCGAAAAGGAGGAAGAGAAAUUCUUCGUUGCCAUCAAAGAUAUGGUCGAAUGGCUAGGCUACAAACCCGACAAAAUCACUCAUUCGUCGGACUAUUUUCAGCAACUCUACGAAUGGGCUAUCGUUUUGAUCAAAAAAGGCUUCGCGUAUGUUUGUCAUCAAACCGCUGAUGAAAUGAAGGGAUUUAUUAAUCCGAAACCAUCCCAAUGGCGUGACCGUCCGAUUGAAGAGAAUUUACAACUCUUUGAAGAUAUGAAAAAUGGUAAAAUCGACGAGGGACUUGCCACGCUUCGCAUGAAGAUCACGCUGGAAGAGGGCAAAAUGGAUCCAGUCGCAUAUCGUAUCAAAUUUAUUCCACAUCAUCGUACUGGUAACGAUUGGUGCAUUUAUCCCACGUACGACUUCACGCAUUGUCUUUGCGACAGCAUUGAAAAUAUCACGCAUUCGUUGUGCACCAAGGAGUUCCAAUCACGUCGAUCGUCAUACUAUUGGUUGUGCAACGCUCUCGAUAUCUACUGCCCCGUCCAAUGGGAAUACGGUCGAUUGAAUGUAAACUACACGGUGGUUUCCAAACGUAAAAUUGCUAAAUUGAUUACAGACAAAAUUGUCAACGAUUGGGAUGAUCCACGUUUGUUCACACUGACCGCAUUACGAAGAAGAGGCUUCCCAGCUGAGGCAAUCAAUAAUUUCUGCGCGCUGGUAGGUGUUACAGGGGCCCAAGGUACAAUCGAUCCAUCAAUGAUUGAAGCUACCGUUCGCAACUACUUAAACACAACGGCACCGCGUCGUUUGGUCGUGUUGGAGCCACUUAAAGUGACACUCACCAAUUUCCCAUUCAACAAACCACAAUCCAUCACCGUUCCAAACUUCCCGAACGAUGCAAGCAAAGGCACACACCAAGUCACUUUCGACAAGGUAAUUUACAUCGAACGAACCGAUUUCAAGGAGAACCCAGAAAAGGGCUAUCAUCGUUUGUCAUCAGAACAAGCAGUCGGUUUGCGUCAUGCUGGUUACGUAAUUCGUGUGACCGAAUUGAAGAAGGAUGCUGAAGGCCAAGUUCAAGAAUUGAUUUGCACUUGUGAGAGCUCAGAGAAAGCGGCCAAACCAAGGGCAUUCAUUCAAUGGGUGUCGCAACCAAAAGAGAUCGAAGUACGUCUGUACGAGCAACUAUUUUUGCAUAAAAAUCCAGAAGAUACGAAUGAGGUACCCAACGGAUACCUGUCCGAUUGCAACCCGAAUUCAUUGAAGAUCGUCACUUCGUAUACGGAUGCAUCACUGUUGGACAAUUUAAAAGUCUACGAUCGAUUUCAAUUCGAGCGAAUUGGCUUCUUCAGCGUUGAUCCUGAAACCAUAAAUUCACGUGCCGUUUUCAAUCGGACUGUUACGUUGAAAGAAGAUGCCGGUAAAUGAUUUUUGCAUCGAAACAGAACUCUCAUUUAAUUGAUAUGCCAGUUGAAUACAAAUUUUUUUUCUAAUGAAUCAAAUAAAAAUAUUCAAUUUUA